GAAUCCAUGCCACGAACCUCAAAUACCUCAGCCUCAACUUCCUCCCCGCCAAAUUACGCUCUAAAUACCCUCGGAGGUCUUCCCUGGUCUGACCUCGGUGGCUCAGAUGGCCCACUCGACAUGAGCGACGCAAUGACCUAUCUCGACACCGUCAAGUUGGAGUUCCUAGAUAAGCCGGAGGUGUAUUGUCAGUUUUUGGAUACUAUGCGGGAGUUUAGGGUUUUAAGAAUCGAUUGUGCGGGCGUGAUCGAACGCCUGGGGACGUUGUUCUACGGGAAACCUGCACUACUUGAGGGUUUCAAUAUGUUCCUUCCGCGUGGCUAUCGGAUUGAUAUCUCGACGGACCCGAGGAACCCGUACCCGAUUAUGGUCACUACGCCGCAGGGAAUAAAGAUGCAGAAUGUUACGCCGCCGGAGUCGUAUCGAGGAUAAUUGGAUAAUUGGAUAUUGGGAUUGUGAGUACUGACGGUGUAAGAAUUUAAAUUGUACCGAGAAAGAGAACGUUUGCUCAGUGUAAGAUUGUAAGUAAAGCUUAUUGUAGUUGAAUAAAAUUUCGUGCUUAGUGUCA